AUGGCGGACCUUUUCGAGACGCAGGCGGAGAUCUACGCAAAGAUUAGGCCGAAGUACCCGAGGGAGUGGUUCGAUCGACUCGCCGCCCUCACCCAACAUCACGGCGUGGCGUGGGACGCCGGCACGGGCAACGGCCAGGCCGCUGUCGGCGUAAGUCCCCUUCGCCCCUUACGCUCCCCCCUCCGCCGAAUUCUCCCCGCCCCACCUCUCACACAUCCACCCGUUUCCUGUCGACGGCGGCGGAGCAGCUGGCCGACCACUACGACAGAGUCGUCGCUACAGACGUGAGCGAGGGCCAAUUGAAGCAGGCCGCGCCGCACCCCAAGAUCCGGUACCUCCACACGCCCAUCUCCAUGCCGGAGGACGACCUGGUGGCGCUACUGGGCGGGGAGAGCUCCGUCGAUCUGGUCACCGUCGCCACAGCCGUCCACUGGUUCGACCUCCAGAAGUUCUACCCCGUGGUGGAGCGCGUCCUCAGGAAGCCCGGCGGCGUGGUGGCCGUCUGGAGCUACGGGUUAAUUCGCGUCUGCCCCUCCUUCGACCCCAUAGUACGGAGAUUCGUCGACACGACGCUGCCCUUCUGCAACCCCAAUAUCCGCCUCGUCGCCGAGGAAUACAGGAGCCUCCCUUUCCCCUUCGACAGCGUGGGUGUGGGCGCCGAAGGCCAGCCAGUGGCCCUCGAGAUGAAGACGGAAGCCUCCUUCGAGGGGAUUCUCCAGCUGAUGCGGUCCUGGUCCCCCUUGAACACCGCCAAGAAACAAGGGGUCGACUUGUUGACGCCGGAGAUCAUGGAGGAGCUGGAGAAGGCUUGGGGCGGACCGUCGCUCAUCAGGGAGGUGACUUUCCCGUCCUUCAUGAUCGCCGGCAAGCCCAGAACGCCGGCGACCCUCACAGAGGGCUAG